CACACACUCCAACUAGCCGGUGGGUUCGUUCGAGUCUCCAUGUUGCCGAUGCCUUGUCAUUUGUAAAUCCUCGCUCCUUUUCUUCCUUGUUGCGACAAUUGCAUCGCGACCCACGUUCCUUUUUCAUUUUAGUCAUACGCUCUCUCUGUUGUCUGGUGCCGCAAAUUCGCUCGCCCCCUUUUUCGGUUGUUUGUCGCACGCAGUUUGGCAGACGUACAUGCCUCUGGGCGCGUCUGGCACCCAGCCUUGGAGCCUCGGAGUCCACCAUUCUGGCGACUGUGCCAACCACGUAGCACUUCGCACCUGCCUCCCCGCCUGCCUGCUGCACCGGCGCCGUUUGGGUCGUGCUUCUCCUAAACGGCCCCUCGACUAGACGCUUGCGUGACUCGGGCCAGCGCUACGAUUGGGCCUCCAUCUCGACCUCGUCCGCGCACUCGAGUUUGGGCGUCCCAGGGCAGGAAGGAGCACGGAGCAAGACACCCGAUCAGGGCCGAGAGAGGAGGAACCAAACAAGACCGCGCCUGCCCUCUCCCCACCCGACUGCGGCACCGUGCCCGCCACCUCUAGUCCGCCGACGUCUCCCAUCGCUCUCCAAGCCACCUCCCAGAUUCCGCACGAGGGACAGCACACCCGGUCCCUCCUGCCCACGCCGUCCAGCGGCUCUAGAACCGAUAGAAGCUGCUUCUGGUGUCGCCCUGCUGCCGCUGUCACCGCCGCCGCCGCCGCCGCCUGCUCUCUCCAUCCACCUGCUGCCCGGCCACGCGAAUGCCGGCCGUCGAACGGAUGUCCAUGCAAUAAACCAAGGAAUAUAUCCCCGGGGGCACUUGUGGUGACUGCCACCGCCCGCCCUCCACGCGAGCCAUGGAGGCCGCCGCCGACCUCGCAAGGACCCGUUCUGCAACGACCGAGCGACCCGAUACUCGUCGAUAUCGCAGCGACUCGUCUUCGUCUUCCAUCGGGAGCCCCAUGUUCUCGCCGAGGUUGGCCACCGCCGCGCCGCCAGAUUCGAGAACCACCAAUCUCAGGAGGAUCCCAUCCAGAACCGCGAGGGAAGACCGGCCCACUGGCGGGAGCCUGGGUCGAUUAAAAAGCAACGCAAGGCCCCCGCUGCUGCCCGUGACGGAGCGAAAGGGCCACGACGAUGGCAAGACCGAGGCCCGGUUCAGGAAAGAUGCCGAGAACGAUAGAGCGGAUAUCACCCCCGAUGGAGGUUCCGCGAGCAGGGGAGGCCGCAAGUUUACCGUGGCCAAUGUUGGCAACAAUGGGCGGAUAUAUCUGAGGCCAACAAUACGACCUGCAAAUCAGCGUUAUCCCCAGCCUAAUUUCGUCUUCCCCAUGACGCCACCCGCGACCGCGACGCUCGAUUUUACACCAACGACGGCGACGAGGAAGGAGGCCGAUGCAACAGACCCAGACAGGCUGCUGCAGGGCAGCCAGCUAGCCGUCUCUCAACCCCCGACGUCGGACACGGCAUCCAUGAGGUUAGCAUAUGAGGGAAGGAUCAGCGCGAGGCAUCGGCGCGCGCUCUCCGACUCGACCGUCCCCGAACCGAACGUGGCUUGCGAUACAGACGACGCUGGCGUGUUCAAGGUCGUAAUAACGCAGCCUGGCGAUGACCAAAGGCCGAAUACGGUUGGGGUGGAGCAAAACGACGGGCCCUUCCUGGAUAUAUCGAUCCCUUCGUGGAAAAUCGGGAGCCCUCGAUUUACCCCUUUGGGAACGGCAUUGCUUCGAGGUUCUUCGGCUGGCGCGCCCACCGAAGACAUACGCUCAACCGUAGCCUCGCCUCGAGCCGAAACCCCGCAGAGCGAUCUCAACAAGCCAAAGAAGCCAAAUCCCAUCAGCAUCCCUCGAAUACGACUGCCCCAAGUUGGAGCCGAGCCCUCGCCCGUUCUUUUCUCGCCCGUAAAGUUGGCGCCUAUCCGCUCAACCUAUCUGUCCACGCAUCUGGUGAUCGAACCGGCCAUGUUUGAUGACCUGACGUUUAAACCUGCGUGCGACGAUCGCUCGAUUGUUCGAUACUCCGCGGCUACGAGUGCGGUCACUGCCGCAACACCGCCCCGCCUGGUGGCCGAGAUCACAUCGCCGAGCUUUCUGGACUACGAACUGCUCUCGGACUUUUUCCUCACGUUCCGUGCGUUUCUCGAGUGCGACGACCUCUUGAAGAUGCUAAUCGCCAGGCUCCGGUGGUCACUUCGGAGAACCGACGAGGCUGGUAUGGUGGUCCGCGUUCGCACCUUUGUGGCUUUGCGCCACUGGAUCCUGAACUAUUUUGUUGAUGAUUUUGUCGUCGAUUAUCACCUCCGCAUCGUGUUCUGCAACCUUCUCAACGACCUUGUCGACGAGCUGUCACAAGAUCCUGGCGCGGGAAAAGUCCAGGUUAAAAUCUUGGGCGAGCUGAAAAAGUGCUGGAGGCGAAUUUGUUCGCAGUACUGGGAUGGCCCAGAGUUUGACUCGUCUCUGGGCCCCGAGGCCCCGAUAGGGCCUGGAGGGAUAGCCGGACAUCGCCGGGCGAGCCUCGAUCCUGGCUUCUGGGAACAGGACGACGAGCCGCCGCAGCUGGAUGCGAUAUUCGGCUUACCAGCGGACGCGUUUCCAGAGGCCGUGCGAAGCAGCUUCGCCAUGGAGGUGUCAAGAGCCGGCCGCAUUGACUCUGUGGCUCUCCAAGAUACAAAACCCGCGACAUCAGCCCUGCAGCAGGGGCACCUGAGGAGGAUGCCUCUUAGUGUUAGCAGCAUCGACGUUAUCUCGUGCUCAUUCCCGACAAAAAACAUGCUCUUCCCACAGCCCCCCACCGAAAUCCCUCCAGCGGCACAUCCCGUCGACCCGACAUCCUUCUCUACGGCUCACAAUGAUCCCGUUGCGACGACACCACGAGCCCUGACCGGCAAGCGUGUCCGCCCUCAGCAGUCUCAGCACAAGCGCAAUGGCAGCCUGACGGACUCCCUCAGGGACCACGGGCCGGCCACUGCGCCAGCCGCCGAUAAGCAGAUGGCUUACAGGGACACGGAGCUUCUGAUGUCCAUUCCUUAUGCCGGUAGUCUCGUGCGAGGCGCCAUGUUCCCUCCUGCACAGGCCUUUGUCGAGAUCCCUGCUCCGAAUUCCGCAGGAGCACCGAGGCAGACCACCAUGUUCAACACGCACCCCCUCGAGACGCAGAAAGUGAAGGUGCCAGCAUCGGCAAUGUCAAGCCAAGGAAUGAGGAGACUGCUGAGCAGCGUGCGGCGCGCUCUCAGCUCCAAAGGCACAAGCAUUUCACCGGCCCAGGGGCACUUCCUCAAUAUAUCUCCGAUCGGCCCUCGUGGCGCAACAACAAAUCGACUUCCAGGGACUGCUAUAGUCCCGCAAGCCCGCCCCAGGCUCAACGGGACCAGACCUUCUGUUCGGAUCGAUCUCCUCGGGGCAGAGGUGGCAGAGGACUUUAAGAAAGCCAUACGCGAAGACGCCGCCGCCGAGGCUGCAAGUUUCGGGCGUGCCAUUCUUGAGGGCCUAGAGGACGACGAUGACGAUAGUGAUAAUUGGGCUUCCGGAGGAGAACCGGGACAUACGUCGGGCCAUUUGAACACGCCACUACAACCACAAAGCUCCGGUUCCAUCCUUCGCCCUUACAGCGAUACUGCCAUAUCGACAGGCAGCCAGUCUAUCGUGAUUGUCGACGAUACUCUCCCCGCCGAGGGGCCUGUCAUGACAGGAGCCCUCCCUGUCAGCAGCAACCAUUCAAUCGAGGCCUUUGCCGAGACUUUCAUGUACACUGGAGGCGCAGACCCAACGCCACCAAACACACCACCUUCCCAGACAAUGGGCACGCCGCGGAAGUCCUCCUACAUCCUGCGCCACCCGCUUACGAGACAAGUCAACUCGGAAGAAAUCCUGCCGGCACACGCGCCAGUCAUCGAACCGGAACACACGACCCGCUCAUCAGAAGAUACUACUCGACCGUCGACGGACAUGUUGCGACCGUCGGUCGAAUUCAUGCGGCAGUCCAGCCGACCACCACUGAGCGGGGUCUGGGGACAUUUCCGUCAGCGGUCUAGUAGGUCGUACCAGUCCGUGAACUCUUUCGGGAGGAGACGGUAUGCGUCCUUCACGAGCGGCAUCGCGCCGCAGCUGACAAUCCGGAGUUUCGCGACGUCGACCUACUCGGAAGCGUCUGUUGACGACGCUCCAGUCACGCAGCCUCUUCGUAUGCUGAGGAGGCGCCCCGGGGGUGAUUUGCGCGCCGCGACUAACAUUGGCGAGCUGCAUCCGCUUCGCCGGUCACGAUCGGUGGGAUCGCUCACAACCUACUCGGAAUCUGUGCGCAGCUCCUACAUUCGCAGUCCAGGCCAGGACUCGAGCGGCUUUAUCGACGUGGUCACGAGCGAGUAUUCACACGAGCGGGCUGCCGCCUUCUCCCUCGGAGCCAUCACUGAGCAGCACCCCAAGAAGAUAUCCCUCUUUAGUACUCACUCGUCCAAGCCUGUCAUGCGCCCUUCCUUUGAAGCCGAGGCGCAGAAGCUGGCGCAGAUACCCGACGACGUUGGUGACGACGGAGGUGUUGAAGCAGCGCUGCUCAAACUCGAGGGCAAGUUUGACAAGAGGGCCUUCAAGCUGUCAAUGGAGCCUACAAACCUCCGCCUGCCGUCUCUCGGGGCAGUUGCCGAGCACGGAGUGGUGACCAGUGGCGAGAAGAGGGAACAUCGCCAGCUGCACAUCAACGACGACACGCACUUGUCGCAGAUGGUGGCGCAUAAGCUCGAGUCUGGCGAGGCUGUGGGUGAUGUCACUGACAGCGAAGCAGACACGGAGCUGACGCCAAAACAGCCUUCGACCUUCUUGGAGGUUACAUCGUCCUCGCCGCUGCGCCCUGAUUCCGGUAUCCGUUCCUUCUUGUCGGGCGAGUCGUACUCGUCUAUCCCAUUGUUGGACCGUGGUCUCACCGAUGAGGCGCGCAGCAACGCACCUACGCGGCAAUGGGCCGGCAUGUCUGUGCUUCUGGACUCUGCUGCUGGGACACCAACCGGGGCGCAGAGUCCGAGCUUAUGGGAGCACAUGUCCUUCGACUUUGUCAACAAAACUGAUAGUCUGGACAUGAUAACGCCCGGUGAGACGCAGCCGCAGCCGCAGUCGCAGCCGGAGCCCGAGGCCCUGAUGAGCUCGCCAUCCUUCCUGGAUGACGACAGCGAUGCCGCAUCCGAUCUGUCCUCGGAGCUCUCCGUCGAGCUUGUGGCCGAGCAGGAGCACGGCGAAAUGAAGAUCCGAAAGAGGCCUGGGACCAUCAUCUCGGGGCUUCCCGUGCAUCCGCUUGGCGAGCCUUCGACCACGGAAUGGGGCCGUAAACCGCAGCCUCUGGCCGGCAAUCCGCCGUCGCCACCAAUAACAAUGAUACAGGCUCUGCAGAUGUCUCCUGAGACGGCACGCGGCUCACAACCACACCGCCAAUGGGCCUCGGCUGCAAAACCGCUACCGCUGCCGCCCACUCCAGACGCCACGCCGACGACUGCGGCACCCGAGCAUGGCUUUGACUCGCCAAGGACCAUGGCCAUGGCCAAGGAGGCGCGGGCGGAUGCGGGAAGGAUGUCCUUGGCGCCCAAGUUCAACGCGCAUCUGCCUUUUAUCUUGGCAUUUGACUCUGAGAUUCUGGCGCAGCAGUUCACGCUGAUCGAGAAGGAUGCGCUCAACGAGAUCGACUGGAAGGAACUGAUCGAGAUGCGGUGGAAGAACGCCGAGAACAUUGACGCGCGGUCGUGGGUCGACUUCCUUCGCAACUCUGAGGCGCGCGGCGUCGAGGUGGUGAUUGCGCGGUUCAACAUCAUGGUCAAGUGGUGCGUGUCCGAGAUCGUGCUGACGCAGGAUCUCGAGGAGAGGGCGCGCUGUGUCAUCAAGUUCGUCCACAUCGCGGCGCACUGCCGGCGCUUCCGCAACUUUGCCACAAUGUCGCAGAUAGCCAUCGCCCUGACAAGUCAGGAGGUGUCGCGGCUGACACGGACGUGGGCCAUGGUGCCGGCCAACGACCUGACGACGCUGCGCGACCUCGAGAUGCUUGUGAGCCCGACCCGCAACUUCUACACUCUCCGGGCCGAGAUGGAGGGCGGCGGGAUAGCCAGCGCGGAUACGGGCUGCAUCCCCUUUGUGGGCAUCUACACACACGACCUGCUGUUCAACGCCCAACGGCCGUCCGAGAUUGCUAGCUCGCCCACAACGGCGCCGCUGGUAAACUUUGAGCGGUGCCGGAUCGCGGCAGGCGUGGUCAAGACGCUGCUCCGGCUGCUCGAGGCGAGCACCUUGUACAGAUUCCAGCCCAUCGAGGGUAUCACGGAGCGGUGCCUGUGGAUGGGGGCACUGAGCGACGACGAGAUCAGGCGGCUUUCGGACAGCUUGGAGACAUGACACGAUACGUCGGCGUGCACUCGAAACAAGACAUGCUCGAGUGCUUCCGUUCUUGCACAUGCUUUGCUUUUUGUCACAUGCUUCCGUCGCAUAGAUCAAUCCUUUCGACCGCCCACGCACAUACAACUAGUACAGACAUGUACACGUACGAUAUGCAGGCACGAGGCGCCAUUAUACAUCGAUACCUCCAUAUCGUUGCGUUGCUUGACAUCUCCACGACCAACAACAUAGGACAUAAUCGCAAAGCCAACGAGAGGGCCAACCUGGCGUUUCUGUCUUUUUUCUCCCCUUCUUCUUUUUUCUCCUGUUCCGUUUUUACUCGCCCUUUCUUUUACAGAAGACGAUACCUAACCGACGCAGGCAGGCCACACUUGCAGCUAUGGUGUCUUUCCCCGUCGGCAGCGCACAUAACUUCCGAGUCUCUCUACGCCCACAAUCCACAGCGAUACGCACACCCGCCUUUUUUUCUUCCCAUAUUUUACGUCGCUCUGACGACCUGUUUUUUUUCUUCUUCUCUUGUCUUUUGUUUCUUCUUGGAUUUGCUGUUCGGCUUGGCAAUCAUCCUUUGGGGUGCACCACACAUCAUCAGCGACGGACUACUGCGGAUUUUUGUUUUGGGACGAGACGUUUUGGGAAGCGAACACUAUAAAAUGAAGGGAAGGAAACCGCUAUGUGCUUUUUUUUUUCUCAUUGCGCUCAUAUUGCAUCCUGUGCGGUGUAUAGAGCUUGUCAUACCAUCGGGCGUCGUUUUUCCUUUUCUUCGGCCUUCUGGGUCGUGCUAGAAUCUACCAUCUUCACCUAUACCCCAACCAUCUCUUUUUGCUUCCCCUUUUUUUCUUCUUGUUUUGUUCUCUUCGCUUCUCAUGGUCGGUGUGGACACUAGCCACACUGCAUUCUCCCAAGAGGGCCUCGGGGUCUGACCAGGGCGAAUGUCUUUUCCGGCACGAGUGGGUUAUCUGUUCUGAUUUCUUUAUGCUCUAUGGCACAUGAGCGGGAUGAGAGACGUGUCGGUUGAAACGAAGACGGCGUUGGCGGCGAGGCGACUCUCUCGAAGCACGUGCAAGUCCCCAAGACGGACGGUGGCGGCGUGUGUGUGUGUGUGUGUGUGUGCCUGCCUGCACGACUUCGUCGGCCUAGGGAAGGAGGAAGCAUCGGUAGGCCAGGGUAGGAUGGGAAACAAUGGGGGGAGCAUUUAGAAGGGAUAAGCAACGUGUGGGCAGUUCAUCUUGGUCUUGUAGGGCUUUUGGUAGGCGGAAGAGGGAGGAGAUGGGGGAGAAGGAGCGGCUGCGAUGGAAUGGCUGCUUGGGGAACUGGCAGAAGCCGUGUGGAAGAAAAUAAGAAACAAAUUCCAAAACUUGGGCAUGUUAUCUAUCCGGUGGUGAUGUUGCUCAUGAUGAAUAUUUUGCACGCUUGUGAUGCCUAGACUUUGUUCAUGCACCCCUGAGACCUGAGACUCCC